CUCCUCCUGACGUCACAUCAAUGGCUCUUUGCAUGAACUGUUUUCUGCAACCCCUUCUCGUGUGCAAAGCAAAGCAAAACGUAUCGCACUGCCGCUGCCAACGAAUUCCGACUAGACUGAGAGGGAAAGAGAGGGAAGAUCGGAGCGAAGGGAAAUCUCUCGUAUCAAUUUGAACGACGGAAAAACAGCACAAAAGCGGGCAGGGGUGACAUUUUCUACAGCCAUUGGAAGAGAAACCUUCCCCUUGCGUCGAACAUGGAGCUACCCGCCGCGGGAGAGCACGUCUUUGCGGUGGAGAGCAUCGAGAAGAAGCGGAAUCGAAAGGGGAGGAUGGAAUACCUAGUCAAGUGGCGAGGAUGGUCUCCAAAAUAUAACACGUGGGAACCAGAAGAAAACAUUCUCGACCCGCGACUGCUUGACGCUUUCCAGAACAGGGAGAGAUACGAGCAGCUUAUGGGAUAUCGCAAAAGAGGGCCAAAGCCAAAGCACCUGAUCGGCCAGGUCCCGUCCUUUGCCCGGAGAUCCAGCGUCCUCUCAGGCCUUCAGGAGACCACCCUGGACGAGGAAAACCGGCAGAAAGUGGACCCCAUCCAGACCCAGCAGUACCAGCUGAACAGCAAGAAGCACCACCAGUACCAGCCCCUGCUGGCCAAGGAGAGGGAGGCCGAGCAGCAGGCCAACGGAAAGAAGAAGCUCUACUACCAGCUCAACAGCAAGAAACAUCACCACUACCAGCCUGACCCCAAGAUGUAUGACAGCACCCAGUGCAUGAAGCCCAGGGAGGCCACCAAAGCUCCAGAACUGCCCACCAACCACAGCUGGAACCUGCCUCCCGCGCUACAGCAGAAGUGGGUCCGGGACAAGGACUCUGGCUGCCUGAGCAAAGUCAAGGAUAUCACCAUGGAGCUAAAGAAGCUUCCGGCUCACCUCAACGACCACAGUGGGGAAUCGGAGCAGAGCAAGGCCACGGCCAAAGAGGACGCACCGCUGUUGAAGGCCAACGAUGUCAGCGACAGCAAGCUGAAGAUUGUCAAGAACAAAAACAAGAAUGGACGCAUCGUCAUUGUCAUGAGCAAGUACAUGGAGAACGGCAUGCAGGCGGCGAGGAUUAAAAACGGAGAUGUGGAAACCCUUGACGAGCCGCAGCCGGACAAUGAUGAUGAUGCUGCUGCAGAAAAUCAACUUGAAAAGAUGAGGCUCGUCCAGAAACUGGGUCUCACCAACGGAUUCGCGAAAGACUGCAACAAAGACGUUAAGUUACACGCCCUCAACUCAGGAUCUAACGGAUCUAACGUAUUUAAGUGUCCUGCUGAGAAGGUUGACUCGCCCAAAAUGGAGCUUAGUGCGACAGAGCAGCCCCUGAGGCUGACCACCAAACCUAACCUUGCCCCUUGGCCCUUUGAGAUGGGGGUUCAUAGAAGGACUCAGCCAGUAAACGGCUCUUCUCCAGCCUUCAAACGUCACCUUUCAGAGGCAGACAAGAGCGAGGACCGGGGUGGCUGUAAACGGUUUCUAAACUCCCGGAGUAUCAGUGCACCCUGCACUGUGUCCUCACCACCUCAGAGCAACUCCAUGGACCAAAAUGGCCACCAUAGCCACAAUGGCCACCAGGACUAUGACUUCCUGGAGUCUAACCAGGACGAGCCCAUGGACCUCAGCUGUGUGAGGUCCAAACGGGAGGCUCCAGUUCCCACAGAGACACAGGUGGCUCCUUCUGCCGAGGAGGAGAAGACUGCCGAACAGACAAAACCGCCAUUGGCUAUCACAACAGAACAGACAAUACCGCCAUUGGCUAUCACAACAGAACAGACAAAACCGCCAUUGGCUAUCACAACAGAACAGACAAAACCGCCAUUGGCUAUCACAACAGAACAGACAAUACCGCCAUUGGCUAUCACAACAGAACAUACUGUGGAGGAGGAGCCUUUUCCUUCAUUCAAGCCUUUCCUUGGGAAUAUAGUCAUCACGGAUAUUACAACAAACUGUCUCACAGUGACAUUUAAGGAAUACGUUACAGUGUAACGAAGCUGAAAAAGACGAUCUGAGGACGAGGGAUUAAUAGCAAAUGUGUGAAUAUGUACAAAUGUGUGUUGGAACAUAUUGGUAUUUUCAGAUGUUUGAAUGUAAAUAAGAGCCCUUACAGUUUGCAUUUAGUGGGGUUGAGAUUCAUUUUGUUUCGGGUUCCUAACCCUUCUAUAAUUUGUAUGUACGUAGCUUUGGCUAUCAUUCUCUAAAUGAGCCCCAGAGUUGUUGUCAUACUUGAUGAUGUAAGCUUCUAAUUGAGUUACAAACUACUUUAGUAUAUGCUAUUUGACACAUGGUAUCAGGGCUCAGUGAAAAAGCACUUACUCUUGUAAAUAAUUAUUUACUUUUUAUAAAGGCUUUAUAUCCGUUUUGCUUUA